AUGACUGAUAAGAUGACCGAGGCCAACCAAGUCGCGGUCAAUGCGACGGAACAACACGAUAUUGUUCACCUUGACCCGGCGCUGCAGCCAGAGCACCAACAUCGCCAUGCGCAUCACCACCACACUGCGUUCGCCGAGGCGGGUCGGGAUGAUGAUAUCGUCUACUCCAAGGAUGCCAACUUCGAAAAGUCCAUCGUGCCCGAGCCAUCCCCUCUCGACCAUGGCAGUCGCAGCCAUAGUUCGGCGGAGAAGGAUGCCGAGGCUGGCGAGACCAGCCCGGCCCCUCGUCCGUUCUACAAACGGGUGUUGAAGCAGUGGAGACAUGCGAUGCAUGCUGCAAUCUGGAUCCUCUUCACCGGAACUGAUGCUCUCCGUCUCAGCUGGUGGAUUACUGGUCUGGUCAAGCAUCGUGACCUGGGUUGGCUGAUCCCAUUCCUGUUGUACCUGGCCAUUACCCUGCGUCUGAUCUUCUUCUAUGUUCCCGUCAGCUUGUUGACGCGGCCCGUAUAUUGGCUCUGGAACAAGUCGGCGACCCCGGUUGUGAAUGCCAUCCCGGAGAAGUUCCGUUCCUUCGCCGGAGCCAUUGUGACUUUGGCCGUCAUGCUGGUCGGUUCCUUUGCCUCGCCCGAAUCCGAGGGCAACACGCGCGCCAACCGUGCCGUCAGCUUGUUCGGUCUGCUGGUGUUCCUGUUCGUCUUGUUCUUGACCUCGCGCAACCGCAAGAAGAUCAACUGGCACACCGUUAUUGUGGGUAUGUUGGUGCAGUUCAUUAUUGCGCUCUUCGUGCUCCGCACCCAGGCUGGUUACGACAUCUUCAACUUCAUCUCUUUGCUCGCCCGUGAGCUCCUUGGUUUCGCUGAGGAUGGUGUCAAGUUCCUCACUGCGGAUAAUUUCUACAACUUGGAACAGCCCAUCAAGCCGUCUGUGUGGUUCCUGAUCAGUGUCAUCCCGGCAAUCAUCUUCUUCGUGUCAAUCGUCCAACUGCUGUACUACUCAAAUGUCCUGCAGUGGUUCGUUUCCAAGUUUGCCGUCUUCUUCUUCUGGUGCAUGCGCGUCUCCGGUGCCGAGGCGGUUGUCGCCGCAGCCUCGCCCUUCAUUGGACAGGGCGAGUCGGCCAUGCUUAUUCGACCAUUCAUUGCCCAUCUCACCAUGGCCGAGCUGCACCAGGUCAUGUGCUCCGGUUUUGCAACCAUCGCCGGUAGUGUGCUGAUCGCGUAUAUCACCAUGGGUGUCAACCCCCAGGCUCUUGUUUCCUCGUGUGUGAUGAGUAUCCCCGCAUCGCUUGCAUGCUCCAAGCUCCGUUGGCCCGAGGAGGAGGAGAGUCUUACCGCUGGUCGUGUGGUCGUGCCUGACAAUGACGAGCACCGGGCCAGUAAUGCUCUGCACGCCUUCGCCAACGGUGCCUGGCUCGGUCUGAAGAUCGCCGCCAUGAUCGGCUCGACCCUGCUUUGCAUUAUUUCCUUCAUCGCUCUGAUCAACGGUCUGCUCACUUGGUGGGGUCACUUCCUUGGAAUCAAUGAUCCCGAGUUGACCCUCGAGCUCAUUCUGGGCUACCUCUGCUACCCUGUCGCGUUCUUGCUGGGUGUUUCCCGUGACGGUGACCUCCUCAAGGUUGGCCAAUUGAUCGGUCUCAAGCUGGUUUCGAACGAAUUCGUCGCCUACAACGCUCUGCAAACCAAGCCCGAGUAUGCCGAUCUCUCGGAUCGUUCCCGUUUGAUUGUCACCUAUGCCCUUUGCGGUUUCGCCAACAUCGGCUCUCUGGGUAACCAGAUUGGUGUCUUGUCCCAAAUCUCUCCGGGCCGCAGUGGUGAUGUCUCUCGCGUCGCUGUCAGUGCCAUGCUCACUGGUGCCAUCAGUACUUUCACGAGUGCCACCAUUGCGGGUCUGCUUAUCACGGACGAGAAGCAGUACUUCACCACCGCGUAA